CACUAAUAGAGAUAGAGCUCAUUAGAGUUCUUCUGAUUUGCUUUCUGGCUGGCUUCAGCACUGGUAAGACUGACUAUUCAAUUUCCUUACAUUGCUGCAUGUCGAUUAUAGAUUUCCUUACAUUGCUGCAUGUUUCAUAAAGCACAAUAUUCAGUGAGUGUGGAGAGACCAUGUCCAAUGGAAACAGUCACUUUCACCUGCACUGCUGCUGGAGAUUCCUUGGUAUGGGUACUGUCAGAUGUAACUCACACAAUCACUAUCCGCUCCACCUCUGGUCUCAAUGUACCCAAUGUUGUAUCAGGUUACACUGUGACACUGAUUGCAUUCAACGACACUACAUUAACAUCUACUCUGUCAAGAACAGCAGAGAAUGGGAUCACUGUGUCUUUAACAACUAUAGGAUCUUCAACGAUCCUAUUGGUGGAUCCACCAGGACCCCUGUCCACCAUCAGACACUCCAUUCUGAGUAGCUCAGCCUUUGGAGUUAGUGUAUCUGUACAGUGGGACUCUCCUAUUGAGACUGGUGGUAGAGAUGACCUCACCUACAUAGUGACCAUAUCACCUCUGGCCCAGCUCUCUGCUACUGUCCUCACAUCCACCUCUGCCACUGUGACUGCUCAAUACAAUGUGGACUACACUGUCAGUGUUGUGGCUACCAACUGUGCUGGAAACAGUACAACUGCUGACUACAACUUCAGAGUAGGCAGCUGUCCUGUGCUGACCAACCCCAUAAAUGUAGCCUUUGGACCAACCACCAGCAGAUUACCAGGAUCAACAGUAAUCAUCCAGUGUGAUGCUGGGUAUGUGUCUGCUGUUACAAUGGUGACAUGUGAGGGCAGUACACUGAUGUGGAGUCCAGACCCUGACACUAUUGAGUGUACAUUACUAACCACACCUACUCUCACAACUCCUCCUCCAAUAAACUGCACGGCUCCACUAUCCCCACCACUUGAACCACCUACAGCUGCUCCAUGUAAUUGUGAUUGUAAUUGCGCCAGCCUAUCUGAUGGCAGUCGAUUUGAUGCAGCUGUCUCCAUCAGUGUGGUUGUCACGGCAAUUGUAUUCACGAUAAUAGGAUUAUUUGUGGGACUCUUGAUAAUGAAUUUGUUCGUGCAUAAAAAGAAUGUGUACUCCCCGUCACCUAAAGAGCAAGCUAAUGUAGGACCCACUGCACCAGCUGGUCCUGUUUAUGAGGAGGUGUCACCUAAAGAGGAGAUUGAACUGAACACUAACCAGGCGUACGGACCAGUGAGACUGUGAAACUUAUGGUAAUUUUCAUCAACAGUUAAUGUACAUGUAAACAAUUAAUAUAUAGCACUACAUCCGUUCAACUAUACUUAAGUAAGCAAUAACGUUGUUCAUUAAAAAGCCACUAAACAUGUUUUGUAUGAAGUUAUAUAACUAGAGCACUAAAGUGCAAACCCUCGGCUGGUGACAUGAUUAUAAAGAAACCAAAUAAAAAGUAUGCAGUGCAUG